GGCUGGCAUGGCGGGCUGUUAUGAAGGAUUAUUUCUGGAAGCAGUCGCUUCUACAUGAGGCCCCCCGCGCCUGCGGUGAGUGGCUGGAUCUGGCCCCGCGGCCUCUCCUCCUCUUGCUUGCCUGCUUGCCAGCCAGCUUGCCUGCUUCUCUUUUCACCGCUGCUCAUGCUCGUGCUCGACGCUCGUCGUUGUUUGCGCUGCUGCUGCUGCUGCUGCUGCUGCUGCUGCUGCGAUCUUUGGUCUCAUGACAGCUUUUUGGACAGGGGCGCGUACCUGAUCACGAAUUCCCACCCGGCCACAUCCAAUCGUCCGCAGGCAGACGUUCUCACCGCCGGCAGGCCCAUCACGGCUGCCCCUCAGGCCAGCUCUCCAGCUGGGCGUCAUGGCUCUGAAGCCUUUCGUGUCGUAUUGGGGCAGCACGUUACCUCGGACGGCCGUAGGAGGCAACUUGACGCUGGGGCUUGGCAGCCGUCGACCGAAAAAGCACCAGAGGCAUGCCAGGCGCUGGAGUUGGACCGCGUCAUGCUCCGCAUCCCUGACCGCCGCAGGGAUGGGAUGCAAGAGAUCUGCGUUAUCGUCGGCACGCGAAUGCCACAGCUGUGAGAGUGUCCA